CGAGCAGUAAAAACUAAAAAGGAAAGCUCAAUUCGUCGACUCCUUUUCUCUUUCUCUGAACACACCGAUCCGAGUCCGACGACGAAGACAGAGUCAGACCUCGGGAACAAAUUAUAAGUCACUUAUCGGCCGCUGCUAGCUUCCGCCGGUAAGCCUUCUUUCUCUCUUAGUCCUUCCGGACGCCAGCUGCUUAAAAGUCAAAGCUUGAAUUUCUCCGGCUCGGACUAGAAAUAUCACUUACAGAGUCCCUCCCCAUCUUGAACUUGAUUUAGCGGUCUUCAAUCAGAACCAAUACCAUAGAAGGGGAAAAUAUUUGCAAAGAUUUUUAUUUCUAGGGUUUUCGUAAAAGCCAAACCAAGACUCAUAAUAAAGAGGAAAGGCAUCUUUUUUCCUCUCUAAUAAAGGUAGGGUUUUAGCCGAUUCAGAUUUUCUUCUUAGAGACACUCUCAUUACCAGAAAUUCAAUUAAUUAAACCAAUUGACCAAUCUACAAUACCUAUCUGUAGAGAUAUACAGAGCGAGUAGUCAGGCAUGGCGUCAUUCAGGCCGUUCCCUCCUCAGUCUUCAUUUCCUCCACCGAACCAGAACGCUCUUCCACCACCUCCACAACCACGAGGAACUCAGUAUCCUCAAAAUCGGGGAUUCAGCGGUCCCCCUGGAUCUCAGCCAUCGGUGCCUUCCGCUUCUUAUCCACCGAAUUAUAAUCAGAUACACCCCAAUUCGAAUAUUCAUCAUGGCGGGUACCCUUCUUCUUCCCACCAUUACGGCCCUUCCAGGCCUCAACAACAACCGCAGCAACCGCCACCACAUCAGCAGUACCCGUAUCAGCCUCCGCCACCUCCGCCACAAUCUUCAUAUCAGCCUCCGCCGCCUCCUCCAAUUCCGUCGUCUUCCAUAAACUCUCAACCACAGCCUCCGCAGCCUCCUAUGUACUACCCGUCCUCUCAGUAUUCCCAGUUUCAUCCUCAUUCAGUUCCACCACCGCCAAUGCCUCCACCACCACCUCCUCCUCCUUCGUCACCUCCUCCCAAUUCUUCAAUUCCUCCGCCUCCUCCGCCACUGCCCCCUCCUUCACUUCCACCACCUCCACCGCCACCUCCGUCCUCUGCUCCACCAAAUCAGGGGAAAGAAAGUGGACCUGAUGGUCACGGGCAUGGGCACGACAGAGGGGGGCCCAAAGACGCCAAUGGUGUUGGUUGGCGUGAGGCGGGACAUUCCAGACAUGCUAUUCCACCUAAGCAACAGAAGGCGUCUGCUGCUCCCGUGCCCCCAGGAAAACCCAAUGGGCCUGCUGGGCGAGUUGAGACAGAAGAAGAGAGAAGGUUGCGUAAGAAGAGGGAGUAUGAAAAACAGAGGCAGGAAGAGAAGCAUAGGCAGCAAUUAAAGGAGUCUCAGAACACUGUGUUGCAUAAGACACAAAUGUUGUCGUCUGGAAUGAAAGGGCAUGGAUCAAUUGUGGGCUCUCGAAUGGGAGAGCGAAGAACCACUACAUUUUUGAGCGGUGACAGGAUUGAGAACAGGUUGAAGAAGCCAACGACAUUUUUGUGCAAGCUGAAGUUCAGGAAUGAACUUCCAGAUCCAACAGCACAACCAAAGCUACUGGCUUUGAACACUGACAAAGAUCGGUACACUAAAUAUGCCAUUACAUCAUUGGAGAAGAUGCACAAGCCCAAACUUUUUGUGGAGCCAGAUCUCGGUAUACCGCUUGAUCUGCUUGACCUCAAUGUGUACAAUCCUCCCAGUGUAAGACCACCACUUGCUCCAGAAGAUGAAGAGUUAUUGCGUGAUAGUGAGUCAAUAACACCUGUUAAACAAGAAGGCAUUAGAAGGAAAGAGCGACCUACAGAUAAAGGUGUUGCCUGGCUAGUUAAGACACAAUAUAUUUCUCCUCUUAGUAUGGAUGCAGCAAAACAGUCAUUGACUGAGAAGCAAGCCAAAGAGUUGCGAGAAACAAGAGGAGGCAUCAAUCUUUUGGCAAACCUUAACAAUAGAGAAAAACAAAUUCAGGCUAUUGAAACAUCGUUUGAGGCAUGCAAGUUGCCCCCAGUUCAUGCAACUAAUCCUAAUUUGCAACCUGUUGAGAUUUUGCCACUGUUACCUGAUUUUGAGCGGCUUGAUGAUCGGUUUGUCACAGCAGCCUUUGAUAGUGAUCCUACUGCUGAUUCUGAAAUCUACAGCAAGUUGGACAGAUCUAUUCGGGAUGCUUAUGAAUCACAGGCGAUUAUGAAGAGUUUUAUUGCUGGAGGCUCAGAUUCAACAAAGCCUGAAAAGUUUUUGGCAUAUAUGGUUCCUUCACCGGAUGAGCUAGGAAAGGAUGUAUAUGAUGAGAAUGAAGAUGUCUCAUAUUCUUGGGUUAGAGAAUACCACUGGGAUGUCCGGGGUGAUGAUGCAGAUGACCCAACAACAUACCUCGUGACUUUUGAUGAUGAAGCAGCACGCUACUUGCCUCUUCCCACAAAGCUUGUUUUGAGGAAAAAGAGGGCAAAAGAGGGAAGGUCCAGUGAUGAGAUUGAACAUUAUCCCAUUCCCUCAAGAGUGACUGUAAGGUGUAGACCGGAAGUUGCUGUAAUUGAAGUGCAGGAAUCAGGGGGUUAUGAGAACUUCAAGGCGGGUAUUUCAAGUUCAAAGAGAGGAAGGUUAACCACUGAUGAUGGUCUUGUAAGGCACAACAAGGGUGCUCGGGUCCAAGACGACAUGGAUCACUCUAGUGGGGCAGAAGAUGAUAUGUCUGAUUGAUUGCUGGUGAAUUAGUGCUGCCUCGACAGGAACAUUUUCUCAUCAAUGUUCUUAACAGUAUGAUUGGAUCGCUCUCGUGCCGAAUGGAUGCUUUACCUGUGGAAGGUGUGGUGGCAAUGCAUCCCCACAUUUUUAUGAUCACCAUCCACAAAAUUUGUAUUUUAUUUAUUAUUGCCAGUGUGGCAGUGUCAUACGGACGUAAAGAGAAAUCCUUUCAUUAACGCUUAAUGCACGUAACUAUCAUUUAUACAUGAUAUAUUCUGCUUUUCUUCAUAGUGAUAAUUGUUUCUUUGUUCCAUUUC